UUGAGAAGAAGAAGAACAGCGUGUUUGCAAUCCGCGUUUUUGUGUAAAAAUUGUAAAAUCUUAAAUUUUUUGCUGUUUUUAUUAGAUUUCUCAAUAGAAAUAGUAAACAGAAGGUGUCCUAACCUUUGCAUUUAGCAUGGAUUCCGAUUUGUACGAUGAGUUUGGCAACUAUAUUGGCCCCGAUCUAGACAGCGAUGAGGAUGAUGACCAGAGUAUUUACGGGCAACCCGAUGUGCAGGAUGAUCCAGAGGACGCCAUGGACGAGGAUGAGGUGGAGCCGCAGGAGGACGAGGAUAAAGAAGUGACCGCCGUGGUAUUGCACGAGGACAAACGCUAUUAUCCCUCGGCCGUUGAGGUCUACGGGCCGGAUGUGGAGACCAUUGUCCAGGAGGAGGACGCCCAGCCGUUGGACAAACCGCUCAUCGAGCCGGUGAAGAAGCUCAAGUUCCAGAUCAAAGAGCAGGACAUGCAAGAGACCACCUACGACAUGGAGUUCAUGGCCGAUUUGAUGGACACACCACCUCUGAUCCGCAACGUAGCGUUAGUUGGCCACCUGCACCACGGCAAGACAACCUUUGUCGACUGCCUCAUCCGGCAGACGCAUCCUCAGUUCGAGACCAUGGAGGAGCGCCAGUUGCGCUACACGGACACUCUGUUCACGGAACAGGAGCGCGGUUGCAGCAUCAAGGCCACGCCGGUGACUCUUGUCCUGCAGGAUGUCAAGCAGAAGAGCUACUUGCUCAAUAUCUUCGACACCCCGGGACAUGUCAACUUCUCGGACGAGGCCACUGCCGCCAUGCGAAUGUGCGAUGGUGUGGUUCUGUUCAUCGAUGCAGCCGAGGGCGUCAUGCUGAACACGGAGCGGCUGCUAAAACACGCGGUGCAGGAGCGGCAGGCCAUCACCGUGUGCAUAAACAAAAUUGAUCGGCUCAUCCUUGAACUGAAGUUACCGCCCCAGGACGCCUAUUUUAAGCUCAAGCACAUUGUGGAGGAGGUCAAUGGACUACUGAGCACCUAUGGCGCCGCUGACGAUAAUCUGCUGGUUUCGCCCAUCCUGGGAAACGUUUGCUUUGCCAGUUCGUUGUACGGCUUUUGUUUUACUCUGAAAUCCUUUGCCAAGCUCUAUGCGGACACUUAUGAGGGAGUGGCGUACCUGGACUUUGCCAAACGCCUCUGGGGCGACAUGUACUUCAACAGCAAAACGCGUAAGUUCUCGAAGAAGCAACCGCAUAAUUCGGCACAACGCAGCUUUGUGGAGUUCAUUCUGGAGCCCAUGUACAAGCUGAUCGCCCAGGUGGUUGGUGAUGUGGACACCACUUUGUCGGACACCCUGGCAGAGCUGAAUGUGCGCGUCUCCAAAGAGGAAAUGAAAUCCAACAUACGACCCUUGUUGCGACUCGUCUGCAAUCGUUUCAUGGGCGACUGCAGCGGCUUCGUUGAUAUGUGCGUGGAGCACAUAAAAUCUCCUUUAGAAAAUGCCAAGCGAAAGGUGGACCAUAUUUACACGGGACCCAAAGAGGGUGACAUCUACCGAGAUAUGAUUUCGUGCAAUCAGUAUGGUACACUGAUGGUGCACAGCUCCAAGAUGUAUCCUAACGACGACUGUACCUUCUUCCAAGUUCUGGCGAGGAUUGUCUCUGGUACCCUGCAUGCUGGUCAGGAGGUGCGAGUUUUAGGAGAGAACUACACGCUGCAGGACGAGGAGGACUCCCGCAUACUGCAAGUAGGCCGUCUGUGGGUAUUUGAGUCUCGCUAUAAAGUGGAGCUUAAUCGAGUUCCCGCCGGAAAUUGGGUGCUCAUCGAAGGAAUUGAUCAGUGCAUCGUUAAAACCUCAACGAUUGUGGACAUAAAUGUCCCUGAGGACCUCUAUAUAUUCCGGCCACUGAAGUUUAAUACUCAGAGCAUUAUCAAGAUAGCUGUGGAGCCUGUAAACCCCUCUGAGCUUCCCAAGAUGUUGGAUGGGCUUCGCAAAGUGAACAAAUCAUAUCCACUGCUUUCGACGCGAGUCGAAGAAUCGGGUGAGCAUGUUAUCCUAGGCACUGGCGAGCUGUACUUGGAUUGUGUGAUGCACGACCUGAGGAAAAUGUACUCUGAGAUUGACAUAAAAGUGGCGGAUCCUGUGGUGGCUUUCUGCGAAACAGUUGUGGAAACCAGUUCGCUGAAAUGUUUUGCUGAAACGCCAAAUAAGAAGAACAAAAUAACCAUGAUCUCUGAGCCACUGGAAAAGGGUCUGGCAGAGGACAUUGAGAACGGAACUGUCUGCAUAAAUUGGAACAAAAAACGAAUUGGAGAGUUCUUCCAGGUCAACUACGAUUGGGAUCUGCUGGCGGCGCGUUCCAUUUGGGCUUUCGGCCCCGACUCAACGGGUCCGAAUAUCCUCGUGGACGACACCCUGCCUUCGGAAGUGGACAAGAACCUGUUGACAGCGGUGAAGGAUUCGAUUGUUCAGGGCUUCCAGUGGGGUACGCGUGAAGGGCCGCUUUGUGAGGAGCCCAUUCGGAAUGUAAAGUUUAAGAUUCUCGAUGGAGUUAUCGCGAACGAGGCGUUGCAUCGGGGCGGUGGACAGAUCAUUCCAACAGCACGUCGAGUGGCCUACUCUGCAUUUCUGAUGGCCACACCGCGACUGAUGGAACCGUAUCUGUUUGUGGAGGUACAGGCGCCUGCGGAUUGUGUGUCUGCUGUCUAUACUGUGCUGGCCAGGCGCAGAGGGCAUGUAACGCAGGAUGCUCCGGUAUCGGGAUCCCCUAUCUACACGAUCAAAGCCUUCAUACCCGCCAUUGAUUCAUUUGGAUUUGAAACGGAUCUCCGCACGCACACCCAAGGUCAGGCCUUUUGUCUUUCGGUGUUCCAUCACUGGCAAAUAGUGCCUGGCGAUCCGCUGGACAAGAGCAUUAUUAUCCGACCCCUGGAGCCCCAGCAGGCAUCCCACUUGGCGCGAGAGUUUAUGAUCAAGACGCGCCGCAGGAAGGGUCUCUCCGAGGAUGUGUCCAUCAACAAAUUCUUCGACGAUCCCAUGUUGCUGGAAUUGGCUCGCCAGGAUGUGCUGGUCAACUACCCCCUGUAGGCUCAAGAAUCCAAGUAAAACCAAUAAAACUUUUAGACAUA